AAAAUUUCUUAGAUAUUAUUGUAAUUCCGUUCGAUCUUUAGUUUUUCGUCUCGAAAAAUAUAUUCUGAUAAAUUUCAUCAUCGUCAGACCAACGCGUAUUCGUUCUUACGAUAGAAUAUUUUAUAUUCGUCGAGCAUCGACAACACGGGAGCCUCAUGUACUUACGUUUCGACAAAGAGAUUGAUAUAGAUACUUUGUAUAUUUAUAAAUUAUUUAUAAGGCAAAGUGCAAUAUAUGUUUCGAGAAAAAAUAAUAACUUCAUAAAUCUUCUCUUGUGCAUAAAUUUUGAAUAAUUUCAAAAUUACACGGAAAACAAUCUCCAUGCGAUUUAUAAAUCUAAAAACUAUUUCUCUUCGUUCUUGUUUCAUUCUGGGAACAUUUGUCAUUUGUUCCAAAGUGAUCAUAAACAUUACCAAUUAUCGGCAGUGCGGGUGGUCCUUCGAGACUGAGUUAAAUUUUUACAAAUCGAAUAUAGUUUCUCAGGAGAUAUACUGCGCAAGAGCAAACUCCAAUAAGUUAUCAUCCGAUUUGUGGAUCUGUCUCGCUCGCGUUGAUCUUCGCGUAGUAUAUCUCCUCACAAAGUAUAUCCGACUUAUCAAAAUUUCACUCGGUCUCGAUGGACUACCGGCACUGUCAAUAAUUGAUAAUGUUUAUGAUUUCUUCAGGACAAAUGAUAAAUUCCCAAGAGAAAAAGAAUAGAUAAAAAGAAAAAUGGUUUCCAUAAAUCCAUAAAUCGGAUGAUGAUUCUUUCCAUUGUUGACAUUUUCAACGUUAUAUCAAAGAAAAGAGAUAAUCUUAUUACUCUUUUUUCUCGAAACACAUAUUGCGCCUUAUCUUAUAAAUAAUUUAAAACUAGCAAGUACUUACUAAUCGCUUUGUUGAAACGUACGUGGGCUCUCGUGUUGUCGAUGCUCAACGAAUAUAAAAUAUCCUGUCGUAAGAGAGAAUAUAUGUGUUGGUUUGAGGAUGAUGAAACUUAUCAAGCACUCGCGAAUGCUCGUCGAGUAGUCGAACAUCGCCAUGGCCUUGAAUAAUGUACAAGUCUGGAAAGUAGCAAUGGACACUAAUUUAUGGAUCUAUCUCGUCGCGUCGAUCUUCUUUUGCGUUGUAUAUCUUCUGAGAAAUUACAUUCGACUUGUAAAAAUCUCGCUUAGUCUCGAUGGACCACCGGCAUUGCCACUGAUUGGUAACGUCUUUGAUUUCUUUAGUCUAAACGUUAUAAACGAAAUAAAAAAAUAUUCAACGCAUAGUAUGAUCAGAAUUUGGGUAACUGUGAUACCGUAUUUAAUGAUCAUUCAACCUGAAGACAUUCAAGCGAUACUCAGUAGUUCGAAACACACACGUAAGCCUUUUGUUUAUUCUCUAUUUCGCAAUUUUAUUGGAAGAGGUUUAAUACUAAGCGACGGUGAAACCUCCAAACUACAUCGGAAUAUCCUUCAAAUGGCUUUCAACGUUCAUGGACUCGAAAAGUUCACUGAAACCUUUGUUGAGCAUGCCCAAUAUUUGGUAUCAACAUUACGCGAUAACGUUAAUGAGGACAUGAAUAUCACUAAGUUUAUCAACGACAUCGUUUAUAACAUACAAGCCGAAACUAUCCUAGGCUUAAAAUCGAUCAAAGAGAAGAAUGGAAAAAACGAAACGCCCGAGCUUCCCUUCAAAGUAAACGAAAUGUUUGCAUGUUAUCGUUUGAAGCGACCGUGGCUGUUGUUCGAAUCAUUAUAUAAAUUGACAAAGAAGUCGAAAAUUGAUACGCAACAAUCAAACCAUUAUAUUGCCUAUUGCUACAAUCUUAUUAAAAAAAUAGAAGAAUCUAAGCGGCUACAAUCUUCCGUUAUGACAAACGAUGAGACGAAGAUGCAAACGAAAGAAAAGAUAUCUCUGUUGGAAUAUAUGGUCAAUAUGAAACAAAAAUAUUCGUAUUUCAAUGACGAAGCCAUCUUAGACGAAUGCAGUACAUUUAUGUUGGCUGGUUUAGAAUCCGUUAGCACGGCAACGGCAUGCACUCUCUUUCUGUUGGCAAAUCAUCCUGAAUGUCAAAAAAAAUGCGUUAAAGAGUUGGAUGAAAUUUUUAACAAUAGCGCUACUUUAACGAUGAAGUCCUUGAAAAAGAUGAGAUAUUUGGAGAUGUGUAUAAAAGAAACGCUCAGACUUUAUCCCAUCAUACCGUUAAUAGCCAGAUGUCUCACUGAGAAUAUAAAAAUUGGUGAUCAAGUGAUACCAGCCGGUUCUUCUGUCUUCAUCUCACCUUACCUUACGCAUCGAAUAACGCGAUAUUAUUCAGAUCCAGAAUCUUUUAUACCAGAACGUUUUGAUACACAAAACUCUAACGAAAAAUUGCAUCCGUACGCUUAUAUUCCUUUUAGUGCUGGCCCUAAGAAUUGUAUCGGAUACAAAUUUGCAAUGUUAGAAAUGAAAGUGCUCAUUAGUUCAAUUCUUCGAAAUUUUAUAUUGGAACCCACGGCGAACAAACGGACGUUACUUAUUAGAUAUAGAAUGACUAUACGAGCGCAUGGUGGUCUUUGGAUCAAAUUCAGACUACGGGAGGCGAUGUAAUAUAAAAUAAUUUUUAUAAAGGAAAACGUACUAACGAUGUAUAAUUAAUAAAUAAUUGCUCGAGCGAA